AUGACACUAAAAAGUCCACACUUAUCUGUGUGUCAUGACAUCACAGGUCCCACACUGUUGUCCGUGCCGGCUGUUCCAGUGAAUGUGGAUCAUGGUAAUAAGGAGAAAUCCAUUGAAACGGAAAGAGGACAGUGGGGUAGCAAAGCUGAAUUCAUUUUAUCAUGCAUUGGACUUUCAGUAGGCAUCGGUAACGUCUGGCGUUUUCCAUACUUGGCUUACCAGAAUGGAGGAGGUGCUUUCCUUUUGCCGUAUUUCCUCCUUCUUAUAGUGGUUGGCAAACCCAUGUACUUCAUGGAAGUGGCACUAGGGCAGUUUUCUAGCCUCGGUCCUAUGUCAGUUUGGAGAUGUUUUCCGUUAGGCAGGGGAAUCGGAGCUGCCAUGAUUACGAUCUCGUUAUUGGUCGCAAUUUACUACAACGUAAUAAUGGGGUACUGUCUUUAUUACAUGGGGCAAUCCUUUCGAUCUGAUGUGCCUUGGAGCAGCUGUUAUGAAUGGUGGGGAGCAGACAACAAUACUUGUUACGUCAGAAAUGGACAGGAUCGUUGUCCAGUCGCAAUAGAUAAAUUAGCGAGAAAAUACAAGAGCAAGUUUAAUGCUUCAACUAAAUUCGCGCUUGAUGGCCUCAUUAACGUCACAUUGUCUGACAAGAAAAGCAGCGCCCUCUUACCACAAAGAGAAUAUUAUUCCGCUUUACAAAACUGUACCAACGCAACUCAAACAGCGUCUGAACAAUUCUGGGAGCGGUUCGUUUUAAACAUAACAGGGGGAAUAGAAGACAUCGGGGUGAUUAAGUGGGAUCUAGCUGCAUGUUUGUUUGUGUCUUGGAUGAUCGUAUUUUUAUGCCUAAUGAAAGGAGUAAAGUCUUCAGGAAAGGUUGUCUAUUUUACUGCUACCUUUCCCUAUCUAAUUCUAAUAAUUCUACUGAUUCGGGGUUUGAUAUUAGAUGGCGCUGGAAUUGGUCUUCGAUACUUCCUUAUUCCUCAAUGGGAAAAACUAAAAGAUGUGACCGUAUGGAGGGCAGCAGCUGAGCAGUUGUUUUUUUCAUUGAGUGUAGCUUCGGGAGGUUUAAUUAUGUUUGGCAGCUACAACAAGUUUUAUAACAAAGUUUACAGGGACGCCAUGUUCGUUAGCUCUCUGGAUUUCCUUACAAGUUUAAUCGCUGGAAUCGUAAUAUUUUCCGUUCUUGGAAACAUGUCCGAAAAACUUGGUAUUGAUAUUGAAGAUGUUGUUGAAGGAGGUAUUGGAGGCCUUAUCUCUCUUUAUUAUGCAACAACUUUGAUUCAUUAUUGUUGUUAUUGUUUUCAGGGAGGACAGUACAUUCUGAACCUGAUGGACACGUAUGGUGGUGGUUUUGCUAUAACCUUCAUUGCGAUAUGUGAACUUGUAGCUCUGAUGUGGGGUUAUGGUAUUAAACGAUUUUGCGACGACUUGGAGUUUAUGUUGGGCACACGACCUAACCUCUUCUGGAAGGCUUGUUGGUUUGUUGUUUCUCCUCUGGUUUUAAUAAAUGUUAAGGAAGUUGUGAAGCCUGACACCAGGUGGGGUCCUGCUGACCCAGAAGUAAGACAGCAGUAUUUCAAGAAGCAAUCUAUCGGAUUUAGCGAGCCAGAACCAAACACCAAAGAGCUCGAUAACCCUGCUCUUGAAACCGGAGGCGAUCGGUUUUAA